AACAAAGUCAUAAAAUAAACUGAGGAGUUUUGAGUCUCUUCUUGUUUUUGCGUAUCCAUAUAGCCACAGCCUUCAUUAUUUGAUAAGCAAUAAAUAACUCAAUAUUCCUUAAAUAUAAGCGUCAAGUUUACACUUAACUAUAUACAGAACACAUGCAUUGUCUAACAAUGAAAAAGUCUUUGUGAUUUUAUUAUUUGCUUAUGAAAAGAUUUUAUCUUUACAGACAUGACCCGCAAACACAUGAUCCAGAGAUCCACCAAAGAUUAAAAUCUUACAUUAAAAUGAAGCAUCAGUAUGUUUUUGAGGGAUUGGGAAAGCAGAUAAACCCAACACUCCUGAAUGAGAUCUACACAGACCUCUACAUCAUAGAGGGAGAAACUGGGGAGAUCAGUAAUAAACAUGAGCUUACAAGGAUAGAAAAAACAUUAAAGACUACAGCAGAAGUAACAAUACCAAUCAAAUGCAAUGACAUCUUUAGACCUUUACCUGGACAAGACAAACCCAUCAGAACUGUGCUGACAAAGGGAGUCGCUGGCAUUGGAAAAACAGUCUCUGUGCAGAAGUUCAUCCUGGACUGGGCUGAAGGGAAAGAGAAUCAGGACGUCCAUUUCAUAUUUCCACUUCCUUUCAGAGAGAUCAAUUUGAUGAAGGACAAAACACUCAGUCUUUCAGAUCUUCUUCAUGUCUUUUUCCCUGAAACAAAAGAAAUGGAAAUAUCCAGUGACACAUAUAAAGUGUUGUUCAUCUUUGAUGGUCUGGACGAGUGUCGUCUGUCUCUGGAUUUUCAGAGUGAUGUGAGGUUGUGUGAUGUAAGUGAAUCAGCCUCAGUGGACGUGCUGCUGACAAACCUCAUUGUGGGGAAUCUGCUUCCCUCUGCUCUCAUCUGGAUCACCUCCAGACCAGCAGCAGCUGAUCUCGUCCCCUCUGAGUGUGUCCAUCGAGUGACAGAGGUACGAGGCUUCAAUGAGCCACAGAAGGAGGAAUACUUCAGGAAGAGAAUCAGUGAUCAGAGUCUGGCCAAUACAAUCAUCUCACACCUGAAGUCAUCAAGGAGCCUCUACAUCAUGUGCCACAUCCCAGUGUUCUGCUGGAUCUCAGCUACUGUUCUAGAGAAGAUGUUGAGCGAAGCAGAGAGUGGAGAGAUUCCCAAGACUCUCACUCAAAUGUAUACACACUUCCUGAUGGCACAGAUUAGCAUCAAAAACACAAAGUAUACUGAGAAGGAGGACAAAGAUAAAGAAAUUAUUUUCAAACUAGGGAAACUGGCAUACGAGCAACUGGAAAGAGGCAAUGUGAUCUUCUAUGAGGAAGACCUGAGAGAGUGUGGCAUUGAUGUGACAGAAGCAUCAGUGUACUCAGGAUUGUGCACUCAGAUCUUCAGAGAGGAGUUUGGUUGGUAUCAGGGGAAAGUCUUCUGCUUUGUUCAUCUGAGCAUUCAGGAACAUCUAGCAGCUCUAUAUGUGCAUCUCUCCUUCCACAACAGUGGCAAAAAUGUGCUUGAAGAACAUCAAUCUGGAACGAAAGAGACAAUGUUCAGCUUACACAAGUGUGAUGUCAAAAAAGCCUUAGAGAGUAGGAAUGGACAUCUCGAUCUUUUCCUUCACUUCCUCAUGGGACUUUCAUUAGAGUCAAAUCACAGACUUCUAGAAGGGCUUUUUUUUUUUAAAAAGAUGGACAGCUCUCUGGAAAGAGAGAAAUCUAUUGAGUAUCUUAAGCAAGAAACCAAAAAACAGUUUUGUCCAAACGAUUGUUUUGUUCUGUUCCACUGUUUAAAUGAACUUAAUGAUCAUUCUCUGAUUAAUGAAAUCCAAAGCUACAUGACCUGUGGAAAACAAAACAUGCCCCCAGAUCUCUGGCCAGCUCUGACGUAUAUUUUAGUGACAUCAGAUGAAAGAACUGAAGAAUUCACACUUCAGAAAUAUGGCAGAUCAGAUGACACCAUAGAACGACUGCAUCCUGUGAUCAAGUUAUCCACUAAGGCCAGGUUGAAUGACUGUAAUAUCACAGAUAAAGGUUGUGCACUUCUGACUGCAGUUCUUACAUCACAAUCCAAUGUGAGAGAGAUGGACCUGAGAAACAACAGUCUGCAGGACUCAGGAGUAGAAAUUCUCUGCCUUGGAGUUAACAGAGCACCCCAAGGACUAUCACUAAUAAAGGAAAUUGAAAGAAAGAAGCACAAGACAGUUUUAGCACCAAGAUUUGGUUCACAUAGCCUGCAUAAACAUGGGAACAAAGAAUAUGACUUUCAUUUGACUCACAGAACUGCUGGACUACAGGACACAGAGUGCAGCCUGGAAUCUCUGAAUCUGAAGAACUGUGGUGUAACAGAAGCAGGCUGUGUUUUCCUGAGCUCAGCUCUGAGUUUAAAUCCUUCUCAUCUGAAAGUGCUGGACCUGAGCUGGAACAACAUAGGAGAUUCAGGAGUGAAACAUCUCUGUGAUUCUCUGGAGAAAGUUCAAUGUACACUGGAAAUACUGAAGUUGGACAAAUGUGGAAUGAAAGAGAAAAGUUGCGCUGCUCUGGCUUCAGCUCUCACCUCAAAGACCUCCAAUCUGACAGAUCUGGAUCUGAGUAUUAAUGAUCUACAAGACUCAGGUGUGAAGAAACUCUGCGUUGGACUGCAGAAUCCUCACUGUAAACUAGAGAAGCUGAGGUUGUCCAACUGUAAUGUUACACAUAAAGAUGUGACGUCACUGACUGAAGCUCUGAAAUCAAUUCCAUCCCACCUGAAAGAGCUUGAUCUGCUUGAGAAUGAUCUGGAAGAGUCAGACUUGAAUGUGCUUUCCAUGAGUCAUCAUAAGUCAUCAUAAAAA